UGAUUUGGUUUGGCAUUGUUACAAAAUUGAAGCUGUAAGCUUAUUAGAUAAUCCAAUGAAAUGAACGAUCCGUGGCGGGAAAUCGGCUUUGUCAGCAAGCGAAAAUCGAAGAACAAUUUGCAAAUCAUUCAGAUAAAGAAGCGCAUUGCAAAGUCUAGGAAAUUAUUUGAGCAACGGCGAACAGAAUUGAUACAGCUUCAUUUGAGGAAUCGCAUCAAGUAUUUAAUAAUCGAAAAUCUCAAGUACAGACUAGCAGAAAACAAGCGCAAGAGAAAGAUUCAGAAAAGCUUAAAGCAGUAUAAUAUCUAACUAACGUCAAGAGUCAUAAAAUAGAUUUCAAGGCAAAAGUAUGAAAAAGAAGUAUUUGCUAAUUUGUGUGGAACUAUAAUCAGCAAAUAGGCAUUUUCGAUUUAAUUAGACAACCUUCGGAUCUGGAAGAGAAAUAUAAGUACUGUGGCCCCAACUUGAAGAAUUUCAAAAGAUUACUGCCCAAGGCUUAAUAAGUCAUCUCCAAAUAAUGCCUACCACAUAACCCAAUUUGCAAAUCAAACAAGAAACUGUUCUAUUAUCUAGAAAUUACUGCUUAUCGUAUUUCAGCAAAUUUAUCACAUAAAAUAAGAAAAUUUUCUAAUUUAAACCAAGCCAAAGAAAUAAAUGGAGUUUCGUUUGUUUGGCCCUCAGUUUAGAUUAUGAAAAUUUGAAAUAAACUUUUGUUGGGCAUCGACCACAUAAUCAUUUCAAACUCAGCUCAAUAAAAAUCAAAGCCACUGAAGAGUCAUCGCAUUGGAUACUCGUGCUCAGAGAAAGCUCGGAAUCCGAGACAAAUGGAAAGUUUCACAACAUUAAUAAAUAUUUACAAGCACGUCGCGUCUUCUUCAAUGGAAUGGCCUACUGGGCAGUUGGAGUCUCAGUUCUGGCAAUGAAAUCAAAUCAAAUAUGCGCGCUGACGCUUUAUAUAUCGCACCGAGAAGGCAGCAGCAGCAUCGUUCGCUUUGGUGUGCUCACAAGAAUUUAAAUCAUCCGACUUACAUGCUACUUACAAGCCAAAGCGCCUAUAUGUAUGCCCCAUAAAAUGCGAGAAAGACCCGAGUGCAGAAUGGGCAAAGGAAAAUAUCUGGCGAAUCACUGAAACAUUUUUGUGCAAUUUUCAGAACUUGGAAAUAGCUCAUUUUGGGAAAUUCUAAAUAAGGGAUGCUUAAACCAGAGCUUAAAAUGCUAAUCAUUUCC